CAGAUCUUGUCUCGCGGUCUCUUCUUACUUCUACAGUGUUGUUUCUAUUAGUAAAUGCCCUAAUUGGAGUCAUAAAAAUCUACUGGUCCAUGUGAUUUAAAUUGGUUGUAUCAUUAGCAGUGAGUGAGUUUAGCACAUACAAUCAUGGGUAAAAGUAAAAAUGCAAAGAACAAACGAUUACCUGGGCCCUCUUUGCCCAAGUUAAAACCUGUAAAUCCAUUCAAUUUGCAUCAAAAUAGGAAAAAGUUUACAGUUUUGGGACAGAAGGUGAAAGGAAGUAAAGGAUUGCCUGGAGUUUCAAGACAGAAAUCAUUUGAUAAUAGAUCUAAAACACUCUUGGUGGAGUAUUUGAACCGAAACAAGGCUAAUACUUUGGUUGAUCGACGACUUGGUGAGAAUGACCGAACAGCCGAUCAAGGUCUGAAGGAUGACAUGCGUAGAGUUGAACAUCUCAAGAGGUCAUCAACUAAACACACUCUGUACAACUUGUCUGAUGACACGGAAGUGCUCACGCAUGGAGGUGUCCCCAUCACCGAGGAAACUCUCAAGACUCGAGACUUUGAUGAUGAGCUGGAUGAAGACGGCAUGCUGGAUGCACAAUUCGUGAAGAAGCAGCAUUUUGGAGGAGCGUCUCUUUCUGAGGCCCACGACUUGCCCCAUGAAGACAGGAAGUAUAAGAGCCAGAAGGACAGAAUUGAUGAAAUUGUCGCUGAGUCAAAGAUGCGCAAACUGCAAGCCAAACAAGACCAUGAGAGCCAGAGAAAGAAGGUUGAGGUCCUCGACUCCCAGUUCAAAAACUUCAUGGAGAUGAUGCGAGGCAAUCUCAUCACACACAGUGACAAGAAAAAGGCCCGACGGGAGGACUCCAUGCGUGAUUAUGAUCGCCUUAUGCACGCCAUCGCUGCUGAUGGAGGCCCCAGAUCAAACCCCUCAGAGCGACUCAAGACUGAAGAAGAACUUGCUAAAGAGAAGAAGCAGGAGCUGGAAGCUCUCGAGGCUGACCGCCUCAGAAGGAUGAGGGGGGAAUAUGAAGAUGAUGGACCUACAGUUGUCACUCGGAGUGCUGACAGCUUAGAUAAAGGAACCAUGAAGCAGUUUGAUGAACGCCCUUUGAUGGCUUACAAGAACGGCGAGCUUCUCAUCCUCAAUGCUGAGGGCAAAGCCGUCACAAUGGAUGGUGAAAAGCCUACUAAGAAACUUUCCAAAGAAGAAAGGCGAAAGCGCAGGAAACAGCAGAGGAUGGAGAAGAAGAUGCGCCAAGAGGAGAAGAAACUUCUUGACGAUUAUCUCCCUUCAGACUACGAUGAUAGCGGAGAUGAUGACGGAACUGAUAGUUUCAGUGACGAGGACCAAGCGGCUGAUGAUAACGCUGGGGAUAAUGAAGACGAAAUAGAGUCCAGCAAUGAAGAAGAAAUGGAACAGGAAGAUGAAGACGAAAUUGAUGACGAUGACGAUGAUAACUAUUCCGACAUUCUUGAAGACGAGGAAGAAGAACGUGAAGAAAAUGACGAUGACGAAGAAACGGCAAUUGAAUCAGAUACUCAAGGCAAGAAAUUAAAGGCCGUUAAGUCACCAAAAGCCUCCGCCAAGGCCGCCGGAGCUCAGGACACAAAACGUAAGCGAGUCUCGUUUUCUUUUGAAACCGAAGAAGAGAAAACGAAGAGAAAUCGCGAGAUGCAAGAGGAAGCCAGCAAGGAACUACCCUACACAUUAGAAGUGCCGGGCGACUACAACGAGUUCUGGGCGGUGGUCGAGGGCCGCACGCCUGAGGAGCUGGCAACGCUUCUGGAGAGGAUGAUCGCGACCAACCACCCCGAGCUCCAGCACGCCAAUCUCGUCAAAUGUGGUCACAUAUUCUCCUAUGUUCUGCAGCUCAUUCAUGGACUCUGCGGCACCGUGGGAGUGACUCCGCACCCCCAACAUCCUCCCCUGACGUAUCUGGACCCCCUCACCCCUCAUCUUUACAAUCUUGCUAGACUUGCUCCUGUAGAGGCCGCCAAGGCCUUCCUUUUGGUUUUCAUAGAGAAGCGCGACGAGUACAGGGACAGAGUGAAGAAGAGGUACCCAACACUAGACACGCUGGUGUUCCUGCAACUGGCGGGGGUGAUGUACCCGGCAAGUGACUUCUACCAUCCUGUGAUGACGCCCGUGAAGCUCUUCCUGACGCAGCUCUUGGGUGAGGCUAAAAUGAAGACUCCCAGGGACGUCCUGGCCGCACUCUACUGCGCAACGGUGCUGCUGGAUUACAACAGCGAGACAAAGCGCUACAGCUCGGAGCUGCUGACGCGGCUGUUGGGUUUGGUUCUGUGCUGCGUGCCGACGGAGGCGCAAGACGAAGCUGUGCUGGCGGAGCGGGAACGCAGCAAGCUGCGCAGAGAAGACCUCGUACGACUUAAAGAGAGCCACACACCACUCCAUUGGAUCGUGCAUGCCACACUGCCACCUCCCGAAAUGCUGCCCCUCACAACUGCCGUGAAAAUAUCGACAGCUCCUCCCAAAUUCGAACUUUCAAUGCUGAAUGAUGCUAACUUAAUCCUGAGCGACCAGUUCCGCUGCACGGUCCUGCUGACGUGCCUUACGCUACUGCGCGACCUCUGCUGCCACUGGGCUGAGCUGCCCUCCGUCAGGGAAGCCCUCUCUCCUCUGCAUCAAAUCCUCCUCCUCAUUCCCACACAUCUUUACCCCAAUGAAGUUCUCAAGGCCAAAGAAGAGCUUGAAAUAGCCUUGAAUAAAUUACCGCCACAUCCUCCCAAAAUGAGGAUUAAUCGAGGUCGUCCUAAACCACUGCGCAUGUACGAGCCCCUGGUGCUACCUAUGAAGGCAGAGGCUCCGCGCAACGCAUUCAAUAAGUCAGGCCACCGGGCGCUCAAACAGAAGCUGCUCCACUGUGUCAAGAAAGAACGAAAGGCGGCUACUAGAGAGAUCAAGAAGGAUAAUCUAUUUUUGGCUCAGCAGAAACUCAAGGAAACACUCGCCAGCGAUGCGGAGCGGAAGAGAAAAGUGAAUAUCAUCAUGAACGAUUUACGUCACCAAGAAGGAGAGCAUAAAAAAUAUCAGAAGAUGAAACCCGGAAAAAGAAUAUAGGGAUUCAAUAAAAUAUGUAUCGAAUU